AUGGAAUGCUAUGAAUGCCAGCUAGAAUUUGAAGAACCCCACCGUCUUCCACGCAUUUUAACAACCUGCGGCCACACUCUAUGCCAUUCUUGUGUCUCCACCCUAUUAGUCUCAAACUCAGUAAUCUGCCCUCAAUGCAACACUAAAAAUCCCGCUACAAGUGUUAAUAGUUUCCCAGCAAAUAUCGCAUUAAUUCAACUCAGACAAAAACCAGCACAAGAUUUAUGCGAAAUUCAUGGGAAAAGUUUAGAAGGUUACUGUAACAAUGAUCACAAAGUAUUAUGCGUCAGCUGUAUUUUAGACAGCGGUCACAAAUCACACGACAUUUCUUCAAUUUCUAAAGCUGCAGGCAAGCAGCGAGAAAUCUUAUCAAAUCUUGCCCUUUCUGCGCUACAAAAUGAGCAAGGACUAAUAAAAGAAGAACAGGAACUGGAAAAUCUCACAAAAAUUUCGUAUGAAAAUUAUGAAAAAGUUUUAAAAGAAUUUUCAGGAUUUUAUGAAGCUAUAAGAGAAGCCUUGUUAGCAAGAGAAAACGAAAUGGUAGCAAGAAUGAAGACGACGCUUGAUGAAGAUUUAGCUAUUAUUGACGAAAGACAUAAACAAAACAAAAAACAAGCCUGCUUAAUCCAAAGCUUUAAAAGUGAAUUAGAAAGAGCUGAAUCAGAAAAUGACCUUGAAUUAAUUUCAAGAUUUAAAUCAAGAGAAGCCGUAGCCAAACAAGCUUGCUCUAAGCUGCAAGCUUUUAGUAAAAGUGACGCGUUUUCUCAGUUUUCACGUGAAAUUGAAGCCAAUUUCUUUUGGAAACUCAUAAAGCAAGUCUUUGCAUAUGCCCCGAAAUCAAAAAUCCAGCCGAAAAAAAAUGAAGAAAAAGUGCCGCUUGCCCUUGCAAAUGCAGCUUUUUCGAAAGAUUUAAGAGGAAAUGCGAAGCCUGUAGUAGAAAUUGAGAAAAAGGGUGGGAAAAAAGAAGUAAAGCAAAGACCUGCAACUGUAAAACCAACCCAGAAGAAGCCGAAACAGAUAGGAAGGCCUAAAGAAAGCUCAGCAGGGCAAACUCCUCAUGAUGACGGCUUAUUUGAGUGAAAUGACGACUUUUCAGGCUUCCACAAGCCGCCAGACGAAUUCGCGUUUUCAAUGAAAUCUUUCGACUUAGCUUCCCUUUAUAAAGCCCCACAAGCCAAUAUAUAUACUCUUGGAGGGUUUUCUGAUAAAGGAUUAGUCAGCUUAGAAUGCUAUAACUGCACAACUAAUUCCUCAGAUUUUUUAGCAGACUCUUUAACGUCUAGAACUCAAUUUGGGGCAAUUUCCUUGAAUAAUUCGAUACUUAUGAUAGGUGGAAAACAUGCAGGAAAGCGAAUUUCUUCUAGUGAGGAAUAUAAUAUCCACACAAAUGAAUGACUUUUAAGUGACAUAACGCUAACCUCCCCUAGAAGUGGGUUCGCCGCUAUGUCAAUUUCAAGUAAUUUUUAGUUAGAUGACAUAUACGUGUUAGGAGGCAGUGACGGAGUUCCUUUACGCGUUUUUGAAUGCUUUAAUGACAGAGGAUGGAGCUCAUUGCCCCCUAUGAAACAAAGGCGUGAUGAGACUGCUGGGACUGUUGGGCCCGAUUUACAGAUUUAUUCAAUUGGAGGCUAUGGAGGUGGAGAAAUGAUGUGCUUGAAUUCCUCAGAAAGGUUUAGCAUGGAGACAAAUUCAUGAGAAGAAAUCCCAUCAAUGCAGGUUCCUCGAAGAGCGCUGUCAGCGGUUACACUUCCUGAUGGGAUCUAUGCUAUUGGAGGAUAUGAUGGAGGAAAAUACGCUUUUUUGGAUUAAUCUGAUCAAUUUUUGUUAUAGAAAUUUAGGAUUAUUUAAUUAAGCUGGGAAAUAAGACUUAUUAUGGUAAAGAUUAUUUGAAAACAUUGGAGAAAUUCGAUAUAAGGAUGGGAAAAUGGAUAAAUCUAGCAUCCAUGAAGCACGCUAGAUGCACACUAAGUGCAGUUGUUUCUCCAGACUGCCAAUUUAUAUAUGCAAUCGGAGGAUUUAACGGAUCAGCUCUUGCUGUUGUCGAAAGAUAUUCUGUUGUAGAAGAUAAGUGGACUGAGCUUUUGCCUUUACAGAAUCCAAGAUUUAUGCAUUCAAGCGUCUUAAUAUCAGAUUAA